AUGUUCGUCCUGCACAUCGUGGCAGCUCUGCUCUGGGCUGGCUGCUCGACGGCCCAAGCAUGGAAGAAUCAAGUCAACCUCUCCAUGUGCAACUGGGGGCAACUACGAGCCAAUGCUAUCCGCGACACCGUCUACCUCGAUGGAGGCCGAUUAUGGUGGCAGGAAGGCUACUCGGAUCACUCCGUGCAGUACUCGAAUGACGACAAUAAACAAGGUCGUCUUUACUCCCUCAACCUUUCUUCCUCCUUCGAUCGCCACUCCAACCUCACUGCGCUGUUCGGAACGCUGUCCAAGGCCGGCGGCAUCGCCAACAAUCUGGCGCCCAACUAUCGCGACGGCGUCAUGUUCGCUAACGACAACGAGCUCUAUCUCUACGGAGGCCUCCUGCGUCUCACCAACAGUCAAGAUGAGCCGGCAGGGGACCGCGUGCUGGGCUACGAACGGUAUCAAUAUGGUGGAUAUCGCAGCAACUGGGAAUCCGGCUUUGUCGAGGACAAGCUGGACAACGGUGUCACUCGCUACCUCACCAACGGCGCCGGAGUCUCCGCCCCCAGCGAGAAUUUGGGCUUCUAUAUCAGUGGCAUGCGCGCGCCCGAUUGGGGCCCCAUCGCCGACGACCAGUCCGCCAACCAGUCGUCGCACCGCAUGAUCCAAGUCGAUCUGUCCACCAUGCGUGAGAACCAAUGGUCAAAUCGCUCCCUUCCCGAUGAAGUUCCGGCGCGCGCCAACGCCGAGCUGGUCUGGCUGCCCGUGUCGCAGUCCGGCGUGCUCGUCGCCAUCGGCGGCGUCCCCUAUCCGGAGGAGAUCUUCCGUACGGACGGACUGAACCGCAAUCAGCAGACGGCCAACCAGCGCGACGGUCCCUCGUUCAUGCAGACGGUAUCCGUCUACGACGUGGCGCAGGACCGCUGGUAUCUGCAGAACACGACGGGUGAUAUGCCCCCGGCGCUGACCCAGUUCUGCUCGGUCUACGCCAGUGCUGCCGAUGGCUCAUCGCACAACAUCUACAUCUACGGGGGCUACGAUGGCCUCAAGACGGACAGCGCCCCAUCGGACGACGUGUACGUCCUGUCGGUGCCCUCCUUCGAGUGGAUCAAACUCUACAGCGGUGAGAAACGACAUGGACGUCGUGGGCACCGCUGCGUCAAGCCCUACCCGGACAAGAUGCUCGUCCUGGGAGGCGUCUAUCGCACGGCGUCCGACUGUCUGGACGGGGGAAUCGUGCAGGUCUUCAACCUCAACACGGGUCAGUUCCAGGAUGAAUACGAUCCGGAGAAAUGGAGCGACUACAAGGUGCCUGAUCUUGUAUCCGGACGCAUCGGCGGGGGUGCGCAAGGAGACGCCGACCAGAGGGCGCCUAAGUCGUGGACUAAUUCCUCCCUCAAGGACGUCUUCGCCUCCAAAUACACCAAGACCAUCUCCUCGUGGUAUCCCUACAACCGCACCGACAAUGGCAGCACUCCCACCGUCUCCGCCGUGCCGGACAAGAAGCCCAGCUUCCCUGGAUGGGCAGGCGCCAUCAUCGGUGUCGUCUUGGGGCUGCUGCUCGUCGGGGGUGCCGUUGCCUUCUGGUGCUUCCAUCGUCGUCGUCAUCUGCGCCGAGGAUCGCAGAUGACGAGCGAGGGCAAAAGAUCGCACAUCAUGCGAUGGAUGUACGCGGGCUCGCCGGGGAUAGAGGAUGGGCCCAAAUCGACGGGCACGACGGCGUCGGUCAGUUAUCAAACGCAGCAUCCGAAUGAUUCAGCCGUCGAUCAGUCCGUCGCCACGGCCACUUCGCCACGGACCAUCGAGGCAGGCAGCGACCCCAUCUACGAGAUGCACGACCAGAGCACUACCCCUCCCGUUGAACUGCCAACCCCGUUCAACAACCCCUCGCCCAGUCCGACGGCGAGUGAUGCCUCAAGCUACGGCUUCGUCUCGCCCCUCUCAAACACGCCAGCCAGAGAACUUGAUUCCGCACCCACCCGAUUGGCGCAUCAUCGGCAGGUGUCCAGCCUCUCCAGUACGCGGUCCUUUUCGAUCGCCAACAUGAUCCAGGAGGAAGGGCCGCGCCACUCGCGUCGGCCCAGACAGGUGUCCGACGUCUCAGAGGCCAGCUUCAGUUCCGAGGGCACGAGACUCGGUGAGACAAGUAGCCGGUUGUCAACCAUGGGGGAGGACGAGACGGACACGAGAGAGGGAUCGCAAUGA